AUGCCUCCUCAGAUCAAAGACGCACACAAGGUAGACGACUCGUCGUUUCCUUACCUCUUCGAGGAAAAUGCUGUUGUACCCUUGAAAACAAGUUCGGACGGCAUCAUUCGUUGCAAUAUCUACCGUCCGAAGGCAGGCGGCAAGAAAUUUCCUGUUCUUGUUACCUACGGGCCGUAUGGCAAAGACAUCCACUACAAAGACUUCCACGGGAAGUCAUUCUCCGAAGUGAACCCUGAGCACCACUCAGAUCAUUCUGCCUGGGAAACGCCCGACCCUGGAUUUUGGACCAAACAUGGUUACGCGAUUGUGCGAGCCGAUGAGCGCGGCCUCGGUCAAUCGCCUGGCUUCCUCGAUACGAUGUCGCGUGGCACGAGCGAAGCCUUCUUCGAUGUCGUUGAAUGGGCUUCUGAGCAGCCAUGGUCUUCUGGAAAGGUCGGUCUUCUUGGAAUCAGCUACUACGCCGGAUCGCAAUGGCGUGUUGCUGCACGUCAACCCAAGGGGUUGGCAGCGAUAAUACCUUGGGAAGGUAUGAGCGACUACUAUCGGGACCGAUGCCGUCAUGGUGGCAUCUUCUCAAACAAGUUUAUCAACUUCUGGUGGAACCGCCAGGUUGUGUCCAACCAGUACGGACUGCCUGGCAGGGCAGCACGGAACUGGGGCCCUGACUGCGUGGACGGCGACGUAUCGGACGAAGAGCGCCAGAAGAAUAGGCAGGACCAGAACAUCGACAACUUGAACAACAAAUUCCGCGAUGAUGAGUACUACGCUAGCAAAGAAUACGACAUGGGUGAUAUCCAGGUACCGCUUCUUUCCGUGGCCAACUGGGGCGGCAUCCUUCUGCAUCUCCGCGGUAACAUUGAGGGUUAUCUUCAGGCAGGUUCCGAAUUCAAAUACCUACGCGUCAUCACCGGUCGCCACGACCUCCCCUUCUACUAUACUGAUGAAGUCGAGGUUCAAAGGAGCUUCCUUGAUGCGUUUCUCAAGGGCGAUGACCGUGUCGGAUGGAGCGUCAAAGGCAAGGUCCCGGCAGUAGACCUAGUCCUCAGGAAGGGUGACGUUGGCUUCGAUGAUGCCAAAGCGGAGAAGGUUUAUGAGCGUAGGAGUGAAACCGAAUGGCCCAUUGCCCGUACUCGGUACACGAAGUUCUACCUCACCCCAGAGCAGUCUCUGACCCCGGUCCAGCCCAUUGUCACUCGCCCCAAAAAGCUGUCGUAUGAGGCUCUUGGCUCCCUGGAAAACCCAAAUCUGAUACAAUUCACUACACCAGCGUUCGAACAAGAGACCGAAAUCACUGGACACAUCGUGGCACACCUCAACGUAUCCAUGUCACCCUAUGCCAGCGGCUCAACGCCUUCAGAUAUCGACCUCUUCCUCACAAUGCGCUAUAUCUCUCCAUCCGGCAAGGAAGUACACUACACCGGUACAGCGGGUGAUCCCAUUCCUCUGGCCAAGGGCUGGCUGCGCGUCAGCCUGCGUAAGACCAACCCAUCGCACCCUCGACACCGGGAAUGGCUGCCUCAUCGCGACUACUUCAGCACUGAUGUGCAGCCUGUCAUACCGGGUGAUAUCUACCCAGUGGACGUUGAGAUCUGGCCAACCAAUGUUAUUGUAGAAAAGGGUGGUAAGAUUGUGUUUGAGGUGAGCAGUGGCGAUACACAGGGAAGUGGUAUUUUCCAACACAACCACCCUGAAGAUCGCAGUGAGAAGAAGUUUGCGGGCAUGAACCAUGUCAGUUUCAGCGAGAGGUACAGCAACUGGGUCAGCCUGCCGAUCAUACCUCAGAGGUGA